CCCCUGAGCACGGACCGCGGGGAGGAGGGAGCCAGGAUCCCCCCUUCCUCCGCCUCCUCCUCCUCCUCCUUCUCCUCACGGCUUUGCCUCAGCCAUUGCCCCUCUAUUCAGCCCCCCCCUGCGCCUCCCGCCGCCGCUGCCACCGCCACCCCCGGCUUUAUGUUACACAGAGGUCCCCCUCUCCGCCGGUCCAGCGGGAGGAGCCGCGUCUUCAGCGCCGCCGCUGCCGAGAGGUGAUUCAUGGCAGGGGACGUGGAAGGGUUUAGCUCCUCCAUCCAUGACACCAGUGUCUCUGCUGGAUUCAGAGCACUGUAUGAGGAGGGAUUGCUUCUUGAUGUCACACUUGUCAUUGAAGAUCACCAAUUUCAGGCCCAUAAAGCACUGCUUGCCACCCAGAGUGAUUACUUCAGGAUUAUGUUCACAGCUGAUAUGCGAGAACGAGAUCAGGACAAAAUCCAUUUGAAAGGCCUGACAGCUACAGGCUUCAGUCAUGUCCUUCAAUUCAUGUACUAUGGAACUAUUGAACUGAGUAUGAACACUGUUCAUGAAAUCCUUCAGGCUGCCAUGUAUGUCCAGCUCAUAGAGGUGGUAAAAUUUUGCUGCUCUUUUCUCUUAGCUAAAAUCUGCUUAGAAAACUGUGCAGAAAUUAUGAGACUUCUGGAUGAUUUUGGUGUAAACAUUGAAGGAGUCAGGGAAAAAUUGGACUCCUUUCUGCUAGAGAAUUUUGUGCCGCUCAUGUCCAGACCUGACUUCCUUUCCUAUCUGAGCUUUGAGAAGCUCAUGUCUUACUUGGAUAAUGAUCAUCUGAGCAGGUUUCCAGAGAUAGAGCUGUAUGAAGCUGUUCAGGCCUGGCUGCGCCAUGAUAGAAGACGCUGGAGGCAUACGGACACCAUCAUUCAGAACAUCAGGUUUUGUUUGAUGACACCAUCCAGUGUUUUUGAGAAGGUAAAAACAUCAGAGUUUUAUCGCUACUCCCGGCAGCUGCGACAUGAGGUUGACCAAGCCAUGAAUUACUUUCAUAGCGUUCACCAGCAGCCUUUGAUGGAAAUGAAAUCCAACAAAAUUCGUUCUGCCAAACCCCAGACUGCAGUAUUUAGAGGAAUGAUAGGACACAGUAUGGUAAACAGUAAAAUUCUUCUCUUGCACAAACCAAGGGUCUGGUGGGAACUAGAGGGUCCUCAAGUACCUUUACGACCAGACUGCCUUGCCAUUGUGAACAACUUUGUGUUCCUAUUAGGCGGGGAAGAACUGGGGCCAGAUGGUGAGUUUCAUGCUUCAUCCAAAGUGUUUAGAUAUGACCCAAGACAGAACACUUGGUUACGAAUGGCAGACAUGUCUGUUCCACGUUCUGAGUUUGCUGUUGGAGUUAUUGGGAGGUAUGUUUAUGCAGUGGCUGGGAGAACCAGGGAUGAAACGUUUUACUCAACUGAACGGUAUGAUAUUACUGAAGAUAAAUGGGAAUUUGUGGAUCCCUAUCCAGUCAAUAAAUACGGACACGAAGGGACGGUGCUUGGUAACAAGUUGUAUAUCACUGGUGGAAUUACUUCAUCUUCAACUUCUAAGCAAGUGUGUGUGUUUGAUCCCAGUAAAGAAGGGACAGUAGAGCAGCGAACAAGGAGAACUCAAGUGGUUACUAACUGCUGGGAGAACAAAUGCAAAAUGAAUUAUGCGAGAUGCUUUCACAAGAUGAUUUCUUACAAUGGUAAGCUUUAUGUCUUUGGUGGUGUCUGUGUGAUCCUAAGGGCUUCCUUUGAAUCUCAAGGAUGUCCUUCUACAGAGGUUUACGACCCAGAUACUGAUCAAUGGACUAUAUUGGCUUCUAUGCCAAUUGGUAGGAGUGGUCAUGGUGUAGCUGUUCUGGACAAGCAGAUAAUGGUUCUUGGAGGCCUUUGUUACAAUGGUCAUUACAGUGAUUCCAUUCUCACCUUUGAUCCAGAGGAAAACAAAUGGAAAGAAGAUGAAUAUCCAAGGAUGCCGUGCAAGCUGGAUGGCUUACAAGUCUGCAGCUUACACUUUCCUGAAUAUGUUUUGGAGCAUGUUAGACGUUGCAGCUGAAGCAGAAUGGACAACUCAAUGGAAUACAAAAAGCUAUACCUAAUUAAUCAAAAAAACCCCAAACCAGUUGAAUUCCUUCAGAGAUGUUACCUUGUGUAUAAGAACAACUACUAAAUGUUUAAGAGAAACAGGAUGUACAGGGAGAGUACUUACCAAGUUUAUUAGAAAAGCCAAUAGCGGUUUGGAUAUUGUAAAAGCUUUGGUUUUGGUUUUUUUUUUAAACAUAAUUGUAAAGUAGGGGAAAGAAAAAUAUAUUUUUGAGUGUGGUUAUUUUUUGGUAACAUUUUAUGUCCAUAAUCCUUCCUUAUCUCUCUCUCUCUCUUCUCUCUUUUUUUUUUUUUUUUUUUUCCAUGUCCACGAUAACACUAUGCUUCUGAAAUAAGUUGAGUUUAACAAACAAAAUAUAUGUGGAAGAAAGAAAGACAUUACUUUCACUUUCUAUUGCACAUCAAAAUAAAGUUCAUCAUCUGUACUGGGGUACAACCAGGUUUGCAAGAACAAAACUAAAUAAUUUCUGUAUUUACAUUGUCUUUUGGGUGCUUUUCCCAUUAAAUGCAAAGUAUUCUCAAUUCUAGGUGUUUUUGUUUCCCUUUAUAUAUGUUGAAGAAUAAUCUCAACCCCUUUGCAUGAACUUUUCCUGGUUUUGUAUAGUACUACCAGUAAGUCUACCAAAAUGCAAAUUACACAUUUUCUACUAAGUUGAAAAUGGACCAUUUUUAUAUUCAAAAUAUUAUUUCUAUGCUGCCUUCUGCACUGCCAUCUGCAUUGUGUUUGUUGGUGAGCAAAAACAAUAUACACACAUAAGCGUACACUGUAAAAAAUAUAUAUACAUCUCUUUAUGUGCAGUUACAAUACUAUAUUUUAAUUAGUGCACAGAUUCAGCCAUAGCUGCUGAAUUUAAGGUACAGCACUAUCCUUUAAUCAGCUAAGCAAUUUGAAGAUCUUAAGUAACUGGAGGCCUCAUUUGAUAUCAAAGUAUCUUACCUUUAUUAUACACUGAUUGAUUCAGUAACUUUAAACUCUUUCUAUUGAUGCUACAUAAUGAACUGAUUAUAAAUUAUUUUUUAAAAAGUAAACACAUCUUGCCAGAGUUUCUUUUACGUUUGAAUGUGAUGCCCAGUUUUCUUUUUUUUAUGAAAAUGUCAAUAAGCUCUGCUUUGACCCACAGUUAUUUUCAGAACUGGAUAAACCACUGUUUAUUCUCAGUAUUUUGCUUUUACUUGUACUUCAAUGCAAGUAUUUUCUUUGUACUCAUUGAAAUGGUAUAAUCUUUUCUAUUAUUAUUUUUAUUAUUGAGUGCUAUGAACUACUGUGUUUUGAAUAUGUGGAGUUAGGUGGUUGGAUGGUUAGUACCAUUUAUGUUUCUUUUACAAAAAAAAACUACACAACUAUAGCUACUGACCUCAGAGUGCCUGUACUGACGUGUGUGGUCCAAGAGGGCUUUGAAUAACUCCGUUGUGUUAACUUGCAGAUACUGUUACUGAUGGUAUAUUGGUAAGAAUCAUCUGCUAAAACAAAUAUUUAACAGUAAUUACAUUCUGAUUAUAUCUAAUGAUGUGAAAUCAGCCACUUCUAGAGUUUAAAGGGGAGAUGUGGAAGGUUCACACUUUGUUCCAGAUGUUUAGGGGCAAAAUGCUGAAAUGUGCACCUGCAUAUUCUGUAAAAUCUUACGUGGCUGUGUUCCACCUAAAGCAACGGACUUUACUUGAUAUGCAGCAAUGCAAAACCACUUCAUUCAGCAUCUUCCAGUCAGAAGUCACUGUAGAAAAGGAAUGUACAGUACUCAGGGAGCUUAAAAGAAUGCACUUAAAAAGGGACCAAAAUCCCCCUAGAUUUCCUAUGUUAAAAAUAACACCUACUUGUGUGAACCAAUUUUGAUAUCAUUGAUACAAGGAAUUUUACAUGUUUAAACUUCUACUUGUAUUUUAGUGCUUAUGUUCUGCAUUGAGAUAGGAUUUGGAGCUAAAUGGCAAGUUGGCAGACUUUUUAAAAAAUUAUUAUUAGAAAUUAUUUAUUGGUAGAGUAUUUUAUUUCCCUGUGUUUUAACAGAAAGAGAAAAUGUAUGGCUUCAUACACCACAGUGGUAAAUUACUUACACUGGUAGUGACUGGGCUAAAUAUUGAUUCAGCCUUCUGGUACAGGCUAAUUUGCAGUUAAAUUUAGGUCUUUUAAAAUUAAAAUUCAGUUUACUGAAUUAGAAAUAGAAUUUCCUCUCUUAAGAACUUAAAGCUAAUGUGGCUUAAACUAAAACCUCAGUUUCACUGUGAGACUUGUGUGUACCUUACCCUGCAGGGGUGCAAAGAUCAACUGAGUCCAGUGGGUGCUAGCUGUGUGCAAGGAAAAAGGUUCUGCUGUACAUAGUUCGUGGAAUAUUUGGGCACAAGGAAAACCCAGAAUCUUUUAUUUUACUCUUUUUUGUCACCAGUCUAUUUCUCAGUAAUUUUAUGGGGUAGCAAAAAACUAAUCCUGCUUGAGCAGACUUUCAUGGGCUUGUUACGUGUAGUAUGGAAUACUUCACUUUUAUCUAGGGUCAGUCUGGGGAAUGGACGUGAUUCUGGAUAUCUGGUCUUCCAUGAUUCAGGUGUAGUGAAGAGACAUGGCCAAGGCUUUAUUAAAAAUAAUGGUAAGGAGGAGGAUGUCUGCAGUUAUAUUUUUGAAUCUGCAUUUAAGCACUUUCUGAAGUUCUUUGCGCUAAGCAGCUGACACUGAGGUCAUAGGUGAGUAUUGACACUUGAAACAUGAAAACCCGGAUAAUUUUCAGGUGCUCUGCUUUUAAGAUCUUACUUAUUUUCAGACACCCCGUGCUGAAAGACCUUGUUCAGGUUUGUAAUAGUAAUUAUUAUCAAAACUUAGCUUGAACUGUUGGUUACUGCUUCCCUGAAGUUGUGUCUCCAUAGAGAAGCUGGCUGUAACCUUUCCAGCAUUAGGCAUGAUUGGAAUUUGCUUGGGUUCACAACAUGUGGGGCUGUGUGAGAAUGUUUUGUUAAUUUACAUUUCUACCUUGCUGUAAUUGUUUCAAACAUGAAAUAGGAAGUUACAUCAUCUUUUCCAUUGCAGUGGAACUUUUGAGGCGAUUCAUAUAUCAGAGGGAUUUUUUUAAAAUUAUUUUAUUGAAACUUUGUUAGUGUUUGCUUUUUAGUAUCUAGCUCCAGAUAAUUAUAAAGAAAAAACUAAACUGGCUAAUAAGAACUGCCUGUUACUAUCAACUUUUGAACAUUGCAAUCAGAUUAAUAAAAGAUUAGUUUUAAAAACAUCUAAAUGAUUUGUAAGUCUGGGGAGGUUUCUUCUUCUCACCCCAACGAUAAUAGAAUGCCAGCAAAUCUGAUCACACCCACCUAUUUAAAACUUAAUGCAUAUCCUGCUUUUAAACAGCAAGUGUACUUGCCUUUUCUUCAACAAGGUGGACACAGUGAGGGCUUUUUUUCUGCAUUUGUAGCAAAAAUGUAUCGGCUUCAUGUCUUAAUUUGGAAACUAACUCCAGGAGGAAAUUUUGUUUUCAGAUGAGCCAGAAUAGGCAAAAAGAAUAUUGCUCCUGUAAAGGAGUUGGACACUGCCAGUCCCCAUUCCAUAGGCUGCAGUAUCUGUCUUUUGGGGACAGAUAAUUUUCUUUCAAUGUACUGCAUAAGGAAAAAAUAGCCCCUUGUUUCCCCACAAAGUGAUGGUAAUAGUUUUGUAGUGAGAGCUAUUAGGUGGCAAGGACCUCUUUGAAGUUUUCUUCCCCCCGUUGAUGCAGGUGGAGGAAGGCAGUACUUGAUUCUACAAAGGCUCUGCUGCUUCAGAAAGCGCUGCUAGCAAGGGGGAACUAGCAGUGGCAGCAUGUGAGCUACCUGCAGCCUGCUUUUAUAUAUAAAAGUUUCUUUUGAAAAGUGGGGAUGCCCUACUUUCUGCAGUAUGAUAGCAACCCGGUUACAGCAAGCUCUGCAGGUCUGUGACUUCAAUAUUUAUUUCUCUGGUGUCUGAGAUUUGCAUCCUUUUAUUUUUUUCUUGAGGACCUCCUGCCUUACAAACCCAAGUGCUGCGUUUUUUUACGCUGAUAAUAUGGUAACUACUUGCAUCAGGGACAGAGCUUCACUUGACACUCAGGAAGCAAAGCAUAAAAUUCAGCAGGUACAAAUUGCAAUUGGUUUACAAAGAAAAAUAUUGCUUAACUCACUAUGUCCAUUCUUUUGGAAAAAGAGGGGUAAGCAUUAUGGGGAAAUGCUAGUGGUCCUUUAAAUAUAAAUUUCAGGCAUGUGUCAGCAUUUAUGUGUUACUCUGUUUAGAAAUAGCUCCAUUUGUAGAGGUAUUUUGCCUUUUUAAUUCAUUUUCCCACAUUAAAAAAAAAAAACAAACUAGUGAUUUGGGCCCUUGGUUCUGUUAACAUUUUAAAUGUGUACUUCACAUAUGUGAACAGUCUAGUAUAAAGAAAACACAAAACUGUAAGGUACUUACAUUUGCACUUUUAUGUUUUCUUUUAUUAAACUUGUGCUUAGGUGUUUAUAGGGUUGGGACAUCAAAGAAAAUAUUCAUCCUGCUCUCAUUCUCUUAAUAAAAAUUCACCUGCUGAAGUUACUUGAGUAAGGAAGGUCCACUGCGUGUGGCAGGGCUCACUGAAGGAGACUGGGAGAAAAAACCUAACUGGAAAGCACGUGUAAUCUAUUUAAAACAAAGCUUGCUGGUGUCCUGUAGUUAACAUUUUGAAAUUUUAAUGUUUGUAAAACAAUCUGAAGCUGCUUUAAAUAAAUACUUAUGACAACUUCCGCAUCUGUAUUCUAUUUUUGAAAGUUGAUGAGUAACUUUAAAGUUUCCAUAAAGUUUAUGGAGUUCAUAGGUGAACUCCAUAAAACAGAGUUGUAUGUGGCAGGUGGGAGAAAAACUGUUUUGAGCACAGUUUUCGUGGAUUUUUUUUUCACUUCCCAGAUUUCAAUUAAUAUUUAUAUAGUAUUUAAUAAAUAGCUUUCAAAAAUCAAUUUCAAAUAUAUUUGGAUUAACAUGUUGGUAGCUAGGGGAAAACCAUUUCUAUUUGCAGAGGGUAGCUUUUAUUUAUGGCUCUGGUAGAAAACCAUACUGUAAGUCUAGAAAAUACAGUGCUAUGUGGGACUGUAAAAUUAGCUAUGCUUGGGGGGCUUUUAUUACCUCAGUGGGACCCACCUAACUUUUAUGUCAGUUCUGGGAGCAGGUGAAGAGUGAGCAAUGUUUUUGUUUUCAACAUUUUCUCCUAUAUGUUGUUAUUUUUGUAGCUCUUUUAAAAAUAAAUUAUUGUAUGUUGGAGAUUGCAGUUCCUCUAUAGUGUAUCCCACUUGGUUCCAGUAUAUGAUAUCAGAUUGUAUUCAAAAUUAUGUAUUUGAUAAGUAUACAAUAAGCUAACAGAAGUUAUUUUCAAACUGUGCCAUGUUUGUGUCUAGCAAUUGGAAAUACUUUUCCUAUAGAAUAUUAAAAUUACAUAUAUAUGACCUCAUAUGUACAUUUGGAUUAACUGUCUAAUGAUUACCCCCGAGCUGCUAUAAACUCUGAAUAAUUUAAGAAUUGCCUGUUUUAACUGUUUUAAAGUCUUCUUUCUUUUUUUUUUUUUUUUUCUCUUUUGGCAGAAGUAACUUUCCCUAGCUGUGGAUACAAUAUGCUCAGACUUGCAUAUGCGCUGUUUGGUUUUUAAACUGAAAAAAAAUGUAUUAAAUGUGUAUAGAGAAAAGUGUAAAUAAAAUAUUUUUAAUCUUUAAA